UGUACGGCGAAUUGUGGCGAAAAGUAGAAAGUGGCGCUAUCGUGAUCACGCAGUUGUUCAAUGGAGGGCGAUCGAGGUGGUUCGUGCAGGGAAAUAAUUGUAAUUUGAAUAUUAACAAAGUAAAUAGUCCUUUGAAGGACUGCACGGAUAAGUUUAGUGAUCCUUCUAGGAGUACCACAUCUAGUCACCACAAACUGUGCACUGAGAAUUGUGUUGGAAGAAAAAAAAUCAAGAGUGAAAAACGUGCUCUGAGAACAAUGGCUUCCAUUCAGCAGUGGAACUCCUUUGACUUUCUCGAUGAAAGUCACUGUUUUGCCAGUUCGGACAACAUGUUCAACUCCCUCAUCGAGCAGCAGGAUCUCAUGAAUACCAGCUAUUCAACAGCCGAAGAUGCUCAGUCCCUUCCGGACUCUUUCUUCAACCGACGACAUCUGCAAUCGUUCGGGAGUGCCUUUUCUGAUCCUCCAAUCUCGAGUGGGUCAAUGCCAGUAACUCCCACAAGUCUUCAGCCCUCUCUAAGUGGAGGCAGUCUCAAUGAUCCCUUGCAACUGGCCCAUCUGUUCAAAGGUUCCCUGAGUCUCGAAUCACCACAGAGGAGCUCUCUCAGUCUCGAUACUCCAUCGUCUCCCACAUUGACCAGAAAUCCUUUCACCUUUGUACAACCCUUCUCCCAUUCCCAAGAGAGUUUCUCCUCCAGCAUCGGCAGUGGGUCAAAUUCUCCCCUCAGCGAUACUCCAACGCCCACUCUGGAGAAUUUCAUUGAACUGGUGAACCUGGUGGCAGCUAGGAAUCAGCAGAUUGCAGCUCUCAAGAAUGCAGAAUCCAGGAAUGCUGCACUCAACGCUUUGUUGCAGCUUCAGCAACAAAAUGGAUUGAAUCCUCUGUCCAAUUUGAAUCUGCUCUACGGCAAUCAGCUGAAGAACCUCCAAAUUCCACAUGCACCAACUCAGACAAUGAUCGGCAAUGAUCCGUUGCUGGAUUAUAUUGCCAAGAGCCAUCGUCAAUCUUUUACUAUGGCCGAGAGUUCUUGCACGUGGAACGGAGUCCUUCCUACGCGCCAACACACCACCGUAACGUACUCCACAAAGGUGUUUCUGGGUGGGGUGCCAUGGGAGAUGAGUGAGGAGUGCCUUAUGGCAAUUUUUCGGCCACUUGGAGUGGUGCGAAUUGAAUGGCCAGGGAAGGAAAAUCGUUCUUCGCGUCCACGUGGCUGUGCAUAUUUGAUUUUCAAUGAGGAAGAUCAAGUGAGGAAGUUACUGGAGAUUUGUGAUGUGCGAAUGGAUGAUGGGAAACAGAAGUAUUUCUAUCGUUUGAUGCCGAAAGGGAAGGAGGCUGAGGUGAUACCGUGGAUUGAGGCUGAUUCCACGUACAUUAAGCCAACAAUGCAGAAUUUGGAUCCUAUGACGACGGUUUUUGUGGGGGCGUUGCAUGGGAAGUUGACGGCUGAGGGAUUGGCUACGAUAAUGGAUGAAUUGUUUGAUGGUGUUAUCUAUGCGGCAAUUGAUGUGGAUAAGAAUAAGUAUCCUAUGGGAGCGGGUAGAGUGACAUUUGACAAUACAAAAUCCUAUGUGAAGGCUGUAAGGGCGGCUUUUGUGGAGAUCAAAACGCCAAAAUUUAAGAAGAAAAUCCAGAUUGAUCCUUAUUUGGAGGAUCAUCUCUGUUCCACGUGCAAUAUUCAGCAUGGACCGUAUUUCUGUCGAGAGAUCACAUGCUUCAAGUAUUACUGUCGCACUUGCUGGCUCGGCAGGCAUUCCUUGGAUCCACAUUUCAGGCAUCACAAUCCAAUGAGCCGAAAUUCCAAGUCACAGACUCUCGUGGGCAUUGGUCCAGCUGCUACCACUCCCAAUAUUUAUCCUGGACUUCAUCGCUAGACGAUGGAGGGAGUUGGUUUUUUUUCCGUGUCUCCCUUUCCUUCUUUCUUUUGAUUGUGAACUUCUUGAAUUUACUUCUGCAUUCUUUUACAAUGCUCCUUUUCUCUUUAGAAAAAAAGAACCAAACUAAAAAAAAAACUUAUAAUGUCCAGAAAAAAUAUUAUACUAUAUAAGAUGAUAUAUAGUUCCAAUAUUUAGGAUUAAAAAAAAAUAGCAUUUACGUACAUUUUAUUGAGAGUUUCCAAAUGGAGAAUUUUGCAGAGCAAAAAUUUUGGCCAGUUUGAAGGAAAAAAUGAUGGGAUUAUAGGGUGAUAAAAAAGGGCUACAUUAUUGUUCCUUAUUGUCUUUUUUUUUUAAAUGUAGCUCUUGUCAAAAAGAUCAAAGUGGAAAAUGGGAUUGAGGCAAAAAUUCUAGUUGGAUAGUUGUUAAGAAGAGAAAAAUAUCCUCUAUAAUUGUUUUUUUUCUUUUUUUAUUGAGAUUUUUUUGCAAUAAAAAAUGGAAGUUAGAGUUUAAAACAUAAGAAAAAAAAAGAAUGUCAAUAUGAACAGGAUUCAGAAGAAAAUUGUCUAUCGGAGAAAAUUGAUUUUUCUCAUUUAAUAAAAAAAACAAGAAAAUUGUGAGUUCCCAAUGGACAAAAAAAAGUAUUUAAAAGAAAUUGAAGAGAAUAAUGCAUCAAAAAAUUGAAAAGAAGUUUAGGAGAUGAAUUUAGAGAGAGAAUGAAAAAAUUUUCCAUGAAGAAGUAAAUUCACAUUUUUUUUUUACUUUUACAAUUUUCAUUACUUCAUUUUUACUCUUCUUUUCCCCAAAAACAAAAAAAAUAACAACUAUUAUGAUAAUCUCCAAAGAGAGAGAGAAAAAAGUGGCAUUUCUCUAAGAUUUCUCAAUUGUUUUGAAUAUUUAGAAAAAACAUUUGAAUCUUGGCGAUUUUUUUCUUUUCAUGGAACGAGAUAAGAUUUCAUUUUUACUUUUAUAAUCCUAAAGAGAUUAUAGUUUAUAUUUUGUAUGUAAUAAAAAAUCAUUUUCUCCACCUUA